AAAAGAAAAGUUAUAGCUCAAAUCCUUCACUCUCCCACAACUCCAUUAAAGGGAAGAGAAACAAAAACACAAACCUCCAAAAAAAACAAACGACAUCGUUUUCGAUCCCUAAACAAACACUCACACAAUGUUCAGAAACCAGUACGAUACCGAUGUAACAACAUGGUCACCAGCAGGAAGACUAUUUCAAGUAGAAUACGCAAUGGAAGCAGUAAAACAAGGUUCAGCAGCAAUAGGUCUUCGAUCUAAAACACACGUGAUACUGGCGUGCGUAAACAAGGCUAAUUCUGAACUAUCAUCACAUCAGAAAAAGAUCUUUAAAGUUGAUGACCAUAUUGGUGUUGCUAUUGCUGGAUUAACAGCUGAUGGACGUGUACUUUCACGGUAUAUGAGGACUGAGUGUAUUAAUUAUGCUUAUUCUUAUGAGUCUCCCUUACCUGUCGGCAGGCUUGUUGUUCAACUUGCUGAUAAAGCUCAGGUUUGCACUCAGCGAUCGUGGAAACGGCCUUAUGGUGUUGGCUUGCUUGUUGGUGGACUGGAUGAGUCUGGUGCUCACCUUUACUACAAUUGUCCUAGUGGUAACUACUUCGAGUAUCAAGCUUUUGCCAUUGGAUCUCGGUCACAAGCUGCAAAAACCUACUUGGAACGUAGGUUUGAGACUUUCAUGGAUUCUUCUCGUGAAAGCCUGCUUAAGGACGCACUCUUUGCACUGAGGGAAACUUUGCAAGGAGAAAAAUUAACAAGCUCCAACUGCACGGUAGCUGUGGUAGGAGUAGGAGAGGCUUUCCAUACACUGGACAAGGAAACCAUACAAGCAUUGAUCAAUGAAUUUGAGAUAGCUGGUGAGGAGGCUCCUGCCGAAGUCCCGGAUCAAGCUGCGAGUGAUGAACCAGCAGCACCUGAAGAGGGUGCUGCCCCUGCUGCUGAAGGAGCUGCCCCAAUGGAUAUAUGAUGACGUUAUGUCUUUCUUUAGGCCUCACUUCUUUCAUAUUAAGAGAUUUCUUCCUAAAAUGUUGAGAUUUUGUGUGGCACAAUGGGUAAUAUUUCUGCUUGGAUGUUUUAUUAUGCAAUCAUGCUUUACUAUGGUCCAAACACUUUAAAACUCAUGCUUCUGAGAUUUGAACUAUAGACAUUUUAAGCGACUUUGUUGGGUUGGA